UAUCCAUUACAGAAUUUGACCAGCACCACUCUCUGUGACUCGACAGAUGUGCCCCCAGGCGGCAUAAUGGGCAAGCUUGUUGUGGUGAUGAGAGGGAACUGCACCUUCAUCAGGAAAGCACAGAUCGCCCAGAAGCAUUUUGCCAAAGCAUUACUGAUUGCCAGUUCGGAUGGUUUAAGUCCUCCUUCAGGAAACAAGUCUGAUAUUGAGAAGCUCAACAUUCCAAUCGCUCUCAUUGAUUAUCGAGAUAUACUGACGAUGAGAAAGAUGCUUGGAGAGAACAUUUCAGGUGCACUCUAUUCCCCUCCUGUGCCUGUCCUGGAUUACAGCAUCCUGAUCAUCUUCAUUAUUGCUGUUGCUACAGUUGCCUUUGGAAGUUAUUGGAGUGGGAUGGAUGAAGGUGAAAGCGGACAUUCGAUACUGUCUGACUCCAGACGACAGACAAAUAGUGAGGACAAGACCAAGGAUUCAUCUGCGAUGCUGACUCCACUAACUGUUGUAGUUUUUGUUGUCAUCUGUUCUGUGAUGAUUGUUCUGUUGUACUUUUUUUACAAGUGGCUCGUGUACAUGGUUAUUGGCAUCUUUGCUUUGGCUGCAGCAGUUAGUGUCUAUAAUUGUUUGGCUGCACUAAUGAAAAGAAUCCCUUACUGGAAGUGCAAGGUGCCCUAUAUUCAGAGAAGAAUUGAAGUUCGUUUGGUGAUGCUUGCUUUGUUCUGUGUAACAAUGGCUUCAAUUUGGGUGGCGUUUCGGAAUGCAGACAGAUGGAUUUGGACUCUACAUGACUUUUUAGGAGUUGCCUUUUGCCUUAACUUCAUGAAGACCCUGAAAAUGCCUCAUUUUAAGUCUUGUGUCAUUUUGCUGGUGCUCCUCCUGAUCUAUGAUGUGUUCUUUGUUUUCAUAACUCCAUAUUUUACGAAGAAUCAUGAGAGCAUUAUGGUCGAGGUAGCUGCUGGAUCCGGAUCGACCACUGGUGAAAAGUUGCCUGUGGUUAUCAGGGUACCAAGACUGAUGCCGUCUGUAGCAACCUUGUGUGGAACACCAUUUUCUAUCCUGGGAUUUGGGGAUAUUAUUGUUCCAGGAUUAUUGGUUGCUUAUUGUCGAAGAUUUGAUUUGCAGAUUAACACCUCCAACAUCUAUUUUAUUUUGUGCACUACAGCUUAUGCAGUUGGCAUGGUUUUGACGUUUAUUGUUCUGAUUGUAACGAAGAUGGCACAGCCAGCCUUGUUGUACUUGGUGCCUUGUACCCUUCUCACGUGUGCAGUGACUGCCUGGAUUCGAAAGGAAGUGAAAAUAUUUUGGGCUGGAAGUGAUUAUGAGGUUUUGGACGUCACCAACGAAGCUUUAUUACAAGGUGUGAUAUACUGAUGAUGAACCAAGUUGGUACAACGGCUGAGGAGGCAGUUGAGACUCUCUCUGCGCCAGUGUCUGAAUAUUGCUCAAAGAAAUGACAGUUGCUUUCUUGUAUUCUAGUUUUCUUUAGAAAAAUAUUCUAAUACCAGUGUCUGACUGAUGGACAAUAGUGCAUCCUGACAAUUUCCCUGAUAAGCACAACCUUUUACACUUGAACACUUUUUUUUGUAAUUACUAAUUUACCAAAGAUUUUCUUUUAAUUGAAGCUUUGAAUUGAUCAUGUACUUUUUACUACUUUGGUAACUUUACUAGAUGUACUUCAUAAUUUCUAAAUCAUGGAGGAUGAAUACAAUACUUGGUCGCAUCUUUUUGGUUGUUGAUGGUGGCAUGUCCCUCAGAAAGAUCAAGUGCCUUGCGUAUCAUCACCCCCCUGUGAAGAUGGUCAGGGAAAGUAUCACGAGACUGCAAAUUUUCCCUUAAAGUGACAGUUUAUUUUAACACCAUUUAUAUUUUCUCAAUAUUCUGCACCUUUGUGGUUGCAGCAAUUGUUCAAUUUUGACCAAGUCUCUUCUGCCAGACAAGUUUGAUCAAAGAAUAUUUUGAAAACAAAUUUGUCUUGCAGGGUGAUCCCAUUGAUGUGAUGCUGUGUAAUAUCUGAUUGAUUUAUAGCCAAUUUUGAAUAUUGAAAUGCAUUCUGUGGAACAGGGUGUGUUAAUGUUUAUAAAGGAAUUGUAAUCCUUAACUGGGAGGUCCUGCACAGGGAGUGGAAAAACAUGUAACUGCCAAAAAAUUAUUUGUUAUUAAAUAAUUUAGAAACAAA